GCCUGAGCAGGCGGCGGCUCUGACGUUUCGCAGGCUCGCCUCGGUCGGAUCCCGCCCGGCCCGUCCCGUCCGUGGCCCUCCAUCUCUCGCGGCCUCCGUGGGGAGGCUGCUUGGGGCGGGAGGCAGCGGAGCUCCGGGCCGAGGCUCUGCGCUUCCUCCUUCGCGGGCGGCCUCUGGGACCGUCCGGAGCAGACCUUCCUCGGGCCUGAGAGCAGAGCUGCGGCGCUGCGGCAUGGCGCACACCUGCCUCCAGGGCGUCAAGUACCUCAUGUUCGUCUUCAAUCUCCUCUUCUGGCUGGGAGGAUGCGGGAUUCUCGGCGUGGGCAUCUGGCUGGCGGUGACGCAGGGCAACUUCGCCACACUCUCGCCCUCCUUCCCUUCGCUCUCGGCGGCCAACCUGCUCAUCGUCACGGGCACCUUCGUCAUGGUCAUCGGCUUCGUGGGCUGCAUCGGGGCCAUCAAGGAAAACAAAUGCCUGCUUCUCAGCUUCUUCAUCAUGCUGUUAAUUGUGUUCCUGCUGGAGCUCACCGUGGCCAUCCUCUUCUUUGUCUACACAGACCAGAUUGACACGUACGCCCAGCGAGACCUGAAGAAGGGGCUGCACUUGUACGGGACCGAGGGGAACAUUGGGCUCACCAACGCUUGGAGCAUCAUCCAGACAGAUUUCCGGUGCUGCGGGGUCUCCAACUACACAGACUGGUUCGAGGUGUACAACAGCACGAGGGUGCCCGACUCCUGCUGCCUGGAGUUCAGCGAGAGCUGUGGGCUCCACUCUCCGGGCACCUGGUGGAAAGCACCCUGUUACGAGACAGUGAAGAUCUGGCUCCAGGAAAACCUCCUGGCCGUGGGGAUCUUCGGGCUGUGCACGGCCCUGGUGCAGAUUCUCGGCCUGACCUUCGCCAUGACCAUGUAUUGCCAAGUGGUGAAAGCAGACACCUACUGUGCGUAGAGCCAAGCCUGCGGCCGCCCCUGCUUUCCUUCCAAAGGACUCGGGAACACUUUCCUUCAUGUUCAUUCACCCUAAUUAGUUACCCUUGUAAAUGGCUUCACCCUGGGGGGCCCGGAGCCCCCCAAACCCCAGGAAGCCCCAAGGUCGAGGGCGGGUGCCUGGGACCCCCCCCCCCCCCCGGGGCAGACUGACCGGGAACGCUUGGGGUUUUCCUCCUGAAACACCCGUCGGCCAUGUGGCCAGUCUGUCCUGGGAAUGGCGGGGAACUGGUUCAGCCCUGGGCUCAUCGGGCCCCCUUCCUUUUGUUUGCCCCCAGAACCCCACUCAGGAGGGGUCUCCUCUUCCAAGCGGGCGCCCCCUAAGGUCGGGGAGGGACCUGAAUGGGUCUGUGAAAGGAGAGCGCCCCCUCCCUGCUGCCCUCAUGGCCUCGGGGGCGGCCCCCUCUGUGCCCCCCCCGCGGUGGGUGAGUCCUCCCAUUUAACAUUCGGCGCUGGACUCGGGCUGGGGGCGGCCCCGGGGGGCCCCCUCACAGACCCAGGAGCCUCUUUAUGUUUGCGGAUGUGUCUUGACUUCAGUAAACCGUUGUGAGUGCGCAGCA